AUGCUCGAAGUUAUUGUUAAUGUUAACCGACUAAGUGAAGCAUGAAACUAUUAUCGAUUUGGGCCUUGGCAGCUCUUUGCCUUUGCCUCGGCCAAGUGGCCUUUAGCGAAAAGCUGAUCAACUGUUACUGGGGCACCUGGGCCAACUACCGAUCUGGGGAUGGCAAAUUCACCCCCUCCAACAUCGAUCCCUUCCUGUGCACCCACAUCAGCUACGCCUUCUUCGGGAUCACCGAUGCGGGAGAGUUCAAGUCCCUGGACACCUGGCUGGACUUGGACGAUGGACUGGCCUUUAUAAACCAGACCAUUGCCCUCAAGCAAAACAACACAAAUUUGAAGAUUAUGGCGUCGGUUGGUGGCUGGAACGAGGGCUCCACCAAGUACUCGGCCAUGGCUGCCGAUCCUGCCUUGCGUGCCACCUUCAUAAACAGCUCCCUGGCCUUCAUUCAGCAAUAUGGCUUCGAUGGCUUGGAUCUGGAUUGGGAGUAUCCUGGUCAGCGAGGAGGCAACGAGUCGGACCGCGAGAACCUCGUGACCCUGCUGAGCGAGAUUAAGGAAACCUUUGACAAGUAUGGAUUGGAACUAAGUAUGGCUGUGGGUGCCUCCGAGGAGACGGCCACUAUCUCCUACGACAUUCCGGGCAUUUCCCAGCACCUGACCUUUAUUAAUGUGAUGACCUACGACUAUCACAUGGCUUCGGAUGGCUAUUUGGGUCUCAACGCUCCGCUGCCCAAUGUCACCGAAUCCAUUGACUACUGGAUAUCUCAAGGUGCCCCCGCUGAGAAGCUGAUCGUGGGCAUUGGCUUCUAUGGCCACAGCUACAUAAUGUCCAAUAGUUCUCAGAACUGGCCCGGCGCAGCUAGCAAUGGUUCUGGAACUGCUGGCGUCUACACCCAGCAGAGUGGUAUCCUGGCCUACUACGAGAUCUGCCAGAAUAACUGGACCACGGUUUUCGAUCAGGAGUACAGUGCUCCGUAUGCCUUCCAGGGCGAUGAGUGGGUCGGAUACGACAACGCCGAGAGCAUCCAGCUGAAGUUGGAGCUGGUGGAGUCCCGCAACCUGGGUGGGGCCAUGACGUGGUCCAUAGAGUCGGAUGACUUCCGCGGCCUCUGCGGCGAGACCCAUCCCCUGCUGAAGACCAUGAAUCGAGCUCUGGAAGGAGGUCACUGUAUGAGUGGCGGAGAUUGUAACAAAUACUACCAGUGUGCAGAUGGAAUCCGGUACGAGUUCCAAUGCGGCACGGGACUGUACUUUAAUCCCACCUCCAAUAACUGCGACUGGGAGUGGCAUGUCGAUUGCCCCUAUUAGAUAAACAGCCAAAGAAAAUAUACAAAAAUUGCAAUAGUCCAAAAAAUAAAUCUAUUUAAGAGGACCCCCACAAGAAUUGUAUAUGAA